CCAGUUUAAGAAGGCCUAUAGUAGAGAUAGAAUCUUUUGAUACCCUUUUGAGUUUGAUUAUAAAUCCACAAACACAUCACUAGUUUAGAGACAACAAACCAUUCAUCUUAGAGACAUGUCUUCUGCAGCAAUAACAGUACUAGCGUUCCUUUUCAUCACUUUCUGUUUCACAUACUUUUUAUUCACAUUCUUCUCAAAUCCAAAACAGAAAAACAUCAACCACAAAAAGCCACCAGGUCCACCAACAUUACCAAUAAUCGGAAACCUUCACAUAUUAGGCAAACUUCCUCAUCAAAAACUUCAUUCACUCUCCAAAAAAUAUGGCCCAAUCAUGUCCAUACAACUUGGUCAAGUACCAGCAGUUGUCAUUUCAUCUUCAAAAGCAGCAGAACUAUUCCUCAAAACUCACGACUUAGUUUUCGCAAGCCGGCCAAAGACUCAAGCAUCUGAGAUCCUGUCUUACGGUUCCAAAGGGGUGGCUUUUUCUGAGUAUGGUCCUUAUUAUCGUAGUGUAAGGAAACUUUGCACUUUGAAACUUCUUAGUCCUUCCAAAGUUGAGAUGUUUGCUCCUAUUAGAAAAGAGAAGUUAAGUGUUAUGGUUAAAUCAUUGGAGAAAGCUGCUUUGGUGGGUGAGGUUGUGAAUGUUAGUAAGGUUGUAGAGAAUGUUAUAGAGGAUAUUGUGUAUAAGAUGGUGUUGGGUAGGAGUAAGUAUGAACAAUUUGACUUGAAGGGGUUGGUUCAACAAGUAGGAAUUUUGCUUGGAGCUUUUAAUCUUGUUGAUUAUGUUCCUUGGCUUGGCAAACUUGAUAUUCAGGGAUUGACACGAGCUUGCAAAAAAGUCAGUAGAGCAGUUGAUGAUGCACUAGAGGUGAUAAUAACAGAACAUGAACAAGUUACUAAUGUAGACAAAAUUCGGUGCGAAGAUUUUAUAGACAUACUUCUUUCAAUUGUAUACCAAACUAUUGAUCAGGAGAGUGAAUUAAAUAAUGUCAUUGAUCGGUCUAACAUCAAGGCUAUUUUACUCGACAUGUUAUUGGCAACAAUUGAUACAUCUUCUAUUUCAACUGAGUGGACUAUAUCUGAACUUGUCAGGCAUCCAAGAGUCAUGAAAAUCUUGCAAAAUGAAAUACAAAAUGAAGUGGGAAAUAAGAGAAUGGUUGAAGAGAAGGAUUUGAGAAAUUUUAAUUAUUUAGAUAUGGUGAUUGAUGAAGCCAUGAGACUUCAUCCAGUUGGGCCCUUACUAAUCCCCCGUGAAUCUAGAGAGAGUAUAACAAUUGAUGAUUAUUUUAUAAAAGAAAAGACACGAGUUAUGAUAAAUGCAUGGGCAAUAGGAAGAGAUCCUAAUGUUUGGUCCAAAAAUGUUGAAGAGUUCUAUCCUGAGAGAUUCAUUGAUAAGAAAAUGAAUUAUCAAGGACAAGAGUUUGAAUCAAUACCAUUUGGUUCUGGCCGUAGGCGUUGUCCUGGGAUUCAAUUGGGAUUAACCACUAUUAAACUUGUUACAGCACAGUUGAUUCAUUGUUUUAAUUGGGAACUUCCAUAUAAUAUGAGUCCUUCUAAUUUGAAUAUGGAGGAGAAAUUUGGACUCUCUGUGCCAAGAGCUCAAAAUUUAUACGCAAUACCGAAAUAUCGUUUGGUUGAUGUCGAGCUUGAUUAAGUCUCAGAAUAAAUUGUAUUUGUAUUCAAGAAAAUUACUACCAAUAAAGAUGCAAUAUUAUAAGUCUGAUGCUAGCAUAAAAUAAGUUAAUGAAGAUUGGUUAUUUUCAAUGUGUUAAUGACCAACGUUCAAUGGAAAGAACUUAUCAGUUAAAUCCCUCGUCUUGUGUU